AUGAAAGAAGAGUCGGUUGCUGCAUUGCAUGGUCUAGUGGAUGAUUUUGAGCGGCAUACGAAGGUGUUAAAGCAGCUGGGAGAACCAACAGAAUAUUGGAGCACAAUAUUGGAACAUUUACUGUGUACUAGGUUGCAUCAAGAAACGUUAAAAAUGUGGGAAGAUUACGCCUCUACGUUCGAAUUUCUGCAGCGACGAAUGCGAGUAUUAGAAUCGAUAUCAGUGAACCAAGACCACAAACCAUUCCUGCCUUCCUUCCGUGAUACUCCGGAGUCAUACUCCGAAUCAGCCAUGAAUCAACAUAUGCUAUGGCAUUCCGACAACCUUCAGCUGUCCUCUCACGCGGUAACAGAUGGAGCAGGACCUAAUGGAUUUUCUUUGAACGAUGCGCUUCGAGUUGGUCCGGUACUGCAAGAUGAUCUGCUUUCGAUUAUCCUUCGGUUCCGUACCUAUCCAGUAGCCGUUGCCGCUGACAUCGAGAAAAUGUAUCGGCAAGUCUUAAUGCAACCGUGUGAUGUUCCAUAUCAAAAAAUAUUAUGGCGAUUUAGCUCGACGAAACCGAUCCAGGAGUAUGAACUACUAACUGUGACGUAUGGUCUGGCUCCCUCUUCGUUUUUGGCUACGCGUACCCUCCAGCAGCUAGCUAACGACGAAGGCAUGAGAUAUCCCUCAGCCGAACCUAUGCUGCGAAAACAUUUUUACGUGGACGAUUGCUUGGCAGGUGCUCAGUCAAUUGAAGAGGCAAUAAGAUUGCGCGAUGAACUGAUUGAGCUACUCAAAAAAAGUGGAUUUGCUUUGCGGAAGUUUGCAUUCAACAAGUUAGAACUUCUAAACGGAUUAUCUGCUGAACAAAUUGGCACACAGUCGUCUCUUACGUUCGCUGCACACGAAAUGGUGAAGACUCUGGGAAUUGGUUGGGAGCCGGAACGUGAUACACUUCAAUUUAACUCCUCGGUUAAGCAUUCGCCGGGCCACGUAACGAAAAGAUCUAUUUUAUCGGCUAUAUCUCAGCUCUUCGAUCCACUUGGCUUGAUUGCUCCGAUAAUAAUUCAUGGUAAACUUCUUAUGCAAGAAUUAUGGCUAGUACACUGCGAGUGGGACCAACCUGUUCCAUCGUGCGUUGAAACCAAAUGGCAAAGGUAUUACAGCGAUUUGCCUAAGAUAGUUGAUUUUCGAACCCCACGUUUUGCUUUCCUGCCAAACGCUUCAGUGCAGCUACAUACAUUUUGCGACGCCUCAGAAUCUGCCUAUGGAGCUUGUACGUAUGCCCGAUCGAUGGACAAUAGCGGCAAUAUUCGUGUUCAACUACUUGCUUCUAAGUCACGUGUUGCUCCACUGAACCGCAUAACGUUACCCAGACUCGAAUUAUGUGCUGCGAAGGUCGGUGCACAACUGCAUGCUCAUAUUUCUAACGCCUUACAAAUUAAGACAUGUGAAUCACGGUUUUGGUCCGACUCAAUGGUUACAAUCACCUCCAAACACUUGGAAAACAUUCGUCGCGAACCGGGUUUCGGAGAUACAAGCAUUGACACAUGGAUCACGAUGGAAUCACAUCUCCGGCACAGAUAA